GGCAUGAAGUGUUUUUUAAAGGCUGUCAUUUUUAAUGGUUGGAUUUCUCUAAGCUAGAAGCUGAAAGAAAGUCAUUUUUCGCCCAAAAACGGCUUCUUUCUUUCAAGUUUUGCGUUUAAAUUGGUGUGCAAAGGCUGCCAACAGUAUCUCACAGCCGAAAUCACGUAAAAGUAAUCGCUGCGGACGCGUUUGCCAGCCAAGAAAGUAGAAAUAUCAGUCGAUAAUUGCGACGAAACGGAACGCCUAGGGUCUGUCUGGCUGCAUCGUGUAAAUAACUGUGUUGAAGAGGCUGCACAGUAAUAUACUUUCAUUCGGAAACGUAAGGAACACACAAAACGCAGUAGGCAAGGAAAAAUAGUAGGCCCUUGGAUCCAAUGUCUAAACUAAACUCCCAUGGGGCUACUGGGCUUAAGAAUAUUAAUCUUGAAGAGAUAUGGACCGAUCUAGAAGCAGGGAUAAAGCAGGUGUACAAAGGGGAACUCAGUUUGGGCAUCGCACGCUACAUGGAACUAUACACACAUGUCUAUAAUUAUUGCACGAGUGUACACCAGCAGCCGAAUUCCCGCACGGGUUCGUCGAAGGUAUCGAAAAAGGGCAUUAGCGCUCCCCCUGGCGGUGCUCAGCUGGUCGGUCAGGAGCUUUACAAACGAUUGAAGGAGUUCCUCGAGAACUAUCUCGUUCGGUUGCACCAGAAUGGAAUCGAUCUGAUGGGCGAAGAAGUGCUGAACUUCUACACCAAGCGCUGGGAGGAUUAUCAAUUCUCGAGCAAGGUACUAAACGGCGUGUGUGCCUACCUUAACCGGCACUGGGUGAAGCGCGAGUGCGAGGAAGGCCGUAAGGAUGUGUACGAGAUCUAUCAGCUGGCGCUGGUAACCUGGCGGGGCAAUUUGUUCAAGCAUUUGAACAAGCAAGUGACCAACGCCGUACUGAAGCUGAUCGAGCGCGAACGCAAUGGAGAAACGAUCAACUCACGGCUGGUGUCCGGUGUCAUCAACUGCUAUGUUGAACUCGGGCUCAACGAGGACGACCCGCACGCGAAGGGCCAAAAUCUGUCCGUGUACAAGGAAAGCUUCGAAAAUAUUUUCCUCGAAGAUACCGAACGAUUCUAUACGCGUGAAAGUGCCGACUUUUUGCGUGAAAACCCCGUCACUGAGUACAUGAAGCGAGUGGAGUUGCGCUUGAACGAGGAACAGAAACGCGUACAGGUUUAUCUGCAUGAAAGCACGUUGGACCGGCUGGCAGAAAAGUGCGAACGUGUGCUUAUUCACAACCAUCUCGAUCAGUUCCGUACCGAGUUCCAGAACUUGCUGAACUCGGACAAGAACCAAGAUUUGGGCCGGAUGUACUCGUUGGUCGCUCGCAUCAAGGCUGGUUUGUUCGAGCUCAAGGAGAUUUUAGAAACACACAUCCACAAUCAGGGCCUGGCGGCAAUAGAGAAGUGUGGCGAUUCUGCUGUAAAUGAUCCCAAAAUUUACGUCCAAACCAUUCUGGAAGUACACAAGAAAUACAACGCAUUAGUACUUACUGCUUUUAACAACGACAGCGGUUUCGUGGCAGCACUCGAUAAGGCAUGCGGCAAAUUCAUCAACACAAAUGCUGUAACCGAGCUGAGCAGAAGUGCAAGCAAAAGUCCCGAACUGCUCGCCAAGUAUUGUGACUUACUGUUAAAGAAAUCUAGCAAAAAUCCGGAAGAAGCCGAACUGGAGGACACGCUUAAUCAAGUGAUGGUUGUGUUCAAAUACAUCGAAGACAAGGAUGUGUUCCAAAAGUUUUACAGCAAGAUGCUGGCGAAACGACUUUGCCAACACAUGUCGGCCAGCGACGAUGCGGAAGCAUCGAUGAUAUCCAAACUGAAACAGGCCUGCGGCUUCGAAUACACCAGCAAGCUACAGCGAAUGUUCCAGGACAUCGGCGUGUCGAAGGAUCUGAACGAUCAGUACCGGAAGCAUCACGAGAAGCUGCGGGAUACGCGAAGCUCGGGACAGAACGAAAUAGAUUUCAGCAUUCUGGUGCUAUCGAGCGGCUCUUGGCCAUUCGGUCAGGGCUUUACCUUUUCCCUUCCCUUCGAGCUGGAACAAUCGGUCCAUCGAUUCAACAAUUUCUACGCCAAGCAACAUUCCGGACGUAAACUGAACUGGUUGUACAAUAUGUGCCGCGGCGAGCUCAUUACGAACUGUUUCCGAAUGCGAUAUACCCUGCAGGCUAGUACCUUCCAAAUGGCCGUCCUGCUGCAAUUUAACGAGGAAACCGCCUGGAGCAUUAAACAGUUGGGAGAAAACACUGGUAUCAACAAUGAGAACCUUAUACAAGUGCUUCCAAUAUUGCUGAAGACAAAAUUACUUAAUUGCUACGAAGGUGAAGGAAAACUACACCCAGACUCAACCAUCGAGCUAAACAAGGACUUUAAAAACCGUAAACUCCGUAUCAACAUAAACUUCCCGUUGAAAUCGGAACUAAAGGUAGAGCAGGAAGCAACUCACAAGAACAUCGAGGAAGAUCGCAAGAUACUCAUACAGGCGGCAAUCGUGCGCAUAAUGAAAAUGCGAAAGAUGCUCAACCACACGCAGCUCGUGAACGAAGUGUUGAAUCAACUGUCCACACGAUUUAAGCCCAAGAUUCAAGUGAUAAAGAAAUGUAUCGAUAUUCUGAUAGAGAAAGAAUAUCUGGAACGUCAGGAAGGACAAAAGGAUACCUACAGCUAUCUGGCUUGAUCAGUGAUAAUUUUAAUCAGUAGUGUAGUUAUCUAAAACACGUAUUUUCAAUAUCAAGCAUCCCAACUGAGCGUACGUAACUAUGAAACCCUAUUGAACAGAACAGAACGCCACUAAGAAAGAUAGACUAUUAACGCCAGCAUAAGCGGAAGGGAAGGUUUACACUGAUAAAACGAUGCGUAAGAAAAAUUAGAUUUAGAAUCUUGCAAAACCAUAGCAAGGAUUCAAAUAAAAGUAGCUUUGCGACUCUCUGUGUUUGCUAGUCUAACAUCCAUACGACAACAACAACAAAAAACUCACAGAUGGUGUUUGUUGGGUUCAAAUCUUGAAUAGAUUGUGCGUUCCUUCCGGCACGCAGGACAUCGUAUUCAGCUAUGGAUAAACCAAAACACAGACAACUCCAAAUAAGAACAAAAAACAAAAGCUGGCAAACUGUUUAACGUUAAAUUCGCAGUUGCAGAAAAGCGCAAUGCUCACUGAUUUGAAUCCUAGUACGAAAACAACUACGGAAAUAUAAUGUGUAAAGUUGCAAAACCCAUACAGGAUAGCAUAUGAUUGUGGCAAACCAACCUCUCAGUAGUGCACGGGAGCCGUUACGCCAAACAAGAAGACACCCUUUGCAGAGCCACCACACACAGAACAGUCCCAUUAGUGUGAAGCGCACAUAAAAGAGAGAUUUAUAUAUUUAGUAGAAGAAGCUGGUGGAAGAAUCAUUUGCUAAGAGACGAAAUAUGCACGCUGGAUGAAUUCCAUCGGUUAAUGUACGUUGGCUAUAAACCCGCAAAACGAAACAAUGCCAGGUAUUAUCGGCUGCAGCUAGUAAGAAGUGAGCAUGGGAUAGUGGAUAGUGAAGGGCAGUGUGAACAGUUUUGAAUAGAACUAUAGGUAAAUUUUGUUUGUAACAUUUUUAUUGGAAUAGUUAGAUCGGUAACAGCAAGCCCGUUGCUGGGAAAUACGUUAACUGGACCAUUGGGCCAUCAUUUCACACGCCGUACUGAUUUGCCGGCUGUGGGUAAAUCUAGGCCAGGCCAACACGAAAAGGUUUUGUUUAGUACAGGUUUUUGUUAUGUGAUUUUAGCAAAAUUUUUGGAAUCGUAGCUGGUCGGCAUACUCCAGCUGCGUGUCGACGAUAACGCACUACAAGAUAAUCCUAAAACAAAAAGCUUUGUUCAGAGCACGCAAUAAUCUUUAGUGUGAUGGUACGUGUAAACAGUAUGGCGUAGGAUCUGUUUUCGGUCUCUGACUUCUUCUUCUGUGCAUGUGUGUAAUGUGUGUUGAAUGUUACUAUAGUUUGUUAGUGUAAAAUGUGGAACACUUGCACCACGAUCCCAAUGUUUCGUUACUCUGUUUUAAGAAUGAUUGGACUUAAUUCUUGCUUUAUACAACACCACCCUUGUUAUAGGUUCGUUCUUAUUUCUGCAAUACGAUUUGGUGUAAAAAUGCAGCCACUC